UUGGCACCACAGCCAAGAAAAAUCCACUUUGUCCAUAAAACAUUAUCUCAGCUUUGUUGCUCGUGCUACAAAGCCAGAGCUACUUUGCACUGCAGAUCAUCAAUUAGUUAUUGACUGUAAUUUGACUAAAACAUCUACUGUUAAGUAUAUGCAAUGACAGCAUUGGCCAAUAAUUUCAAAAUCGGCUCUGCAUUAUUCUUUUUAUUCUAGUCUAUAAAACCAGUCUCCAUAUUUUCUUUUCACUAAAUGGCUUGAAAGGGUUUUAUGCAAAAACUUGUUAAAAGGCCACGUAAAUACAAGCUUCACAUAAUAUUCAAGUGCUGUGUGGACAGCACAGCUGCCUCAAUGCAUUAGUGUCCAGUUCCUUAGAUGUUAAAUAAAGAGUUAACCAUUAUUCUCAGACAAAAAUAAGUAUUCUAAAAUAAAAUCAAGAAGCCACUUUUUUGAGUGACUAUUUAGAUGUUAUUUACACAGUUGUGAAGGGCCAGAUGGUCCCUAACCCCUCCUGGUGGAGUAACAGGGACACUUCCACCCAGUGAGCAGGGUUGUGUAACACUCACACUCUGAGACUCUGAGGAAGUAAUUUCUAUCUCUGGAGGUCUAAAAGCUUCAGAUCUGACUUGGAUAUCUGCAAAUUGUUUUUUAGACAUGAAAUUGCCCGUUAUCUGUUUUAGUAAUCAUAUUGUUGUAUCAUUGUCACAGAUUACAAACUGUAGGGGACAUCCGAUGCAGACCAGACCCCAGAAUUACUCAGUUUUGGUUUUGCUUUCAUUCAAUUAUAAAACACGCCUUCAGUUUUGAAUUACCCAUGUCUCGGCUAUCGUAUGGGCUGCUUUCUUUGGACUAUAUCCUAGAUUAUAAAACUUUGUUAUGCCAACCCCAAAUGAAGAGAUUUUUGUACCUUAGAUAUCACGUUAUAGAAUUAAGUAGGUCUUUGCACUGGUUAUGGCUUGGAAAGUGAAGCUUGAUCAUCUCUACACUUUCUCCUAUUUAACUUUUAGAGAAUUAAAGGAAAGUGAAAUGACUGUCCAGGCCACCUGAAGGUCAUUGAACUCCACAUUAAGAUGUAUUGGCCUAGUUAUUCUUAACCAAUCACAUCAGAUCAGAGUUUGAAGUAAUCCUUAAGUGCUACUUCAUUCCAAUCUGUUUCAAAAUGUUGAACUGCCUCCUUGUGAAAUCCAAGCCAGAGUCAUGAAUAUUGAAGCUUUGGUUAAUAAGCAAAUACAAAACAAAAUCAAAAGAGGUAAUUCAGGUGCUUGAUCCAGAGGAACCAUUGCGUUGCCAUAAUGUAAUUUUCUAACUCACAGGUUUCUAGACUUUAGAAGACCACACUGCAAAAUUUCAUAACCAUAAGUGCAUUAUUAGAUGGCAGUAUUUGUGUCUCAGGCAUCUCCUGCAAAGCGCCACAUGGUUAUUGGCAAAGUGAAAGAGGAGGUGGAGCCGGCUCUGAAGUCAUCAUCUUCACCUGUCUCAAAGCCUCCUGGACGAGGCAGGGGGAAGGUCUCAAGGACUGAGAACGCUGAGACACAGGUGGAAGAGGGAAAGAAGCUGAAUGAAAGAACGAGCAGGAAAGUGGAAGAGUCUGCAGGCGUUGGCGCUGCAAUACCAAUCUCUUCUCCUCUUUCCUCACCCGUCUCCAGGUCUCCUUCAACAGCCAAAGGAAAGGCGAAGAAGGCAAAGCGGGCCCCUGCGGUGGAGCUGCUAGAGGAAGGGGAGUGCCUUACAGACACAACGGGCAGGCAGUGGAAACUGGUGAAACUGCUCAGUCAGAAUAUAACCGAGCUGAUCUAUGAAGUGUCGCCAUGCACUAACAAGGGUCCCAAUCACAUUGUCAAACUGGGAGCUAAAGAAGGGAGGAUCUUCAAUGAGCAGAACUUUCUGCAGAGAGCUGCUAAGCAUUCAUCAGUGGAAAAAUGGAUGAAGCACAAUAAGAUGGAUUUUCUUGGGAUUCCCUCCUGUGUCGCCUUUGGUUCGCACACAGAUUCCUACAGAUUUCUGAUAUUCCCUGCCAUGGGCCAGUCUCUCCAGUCUAUUAUGGAAGACGGCGAUGAGCUGCUGCCUGAGAAAGCCAUUCUUCAGAUUGGCUGUAGACUAUUAGAUGCGCUGGAAUAUAUCCAUUCAAAUGAGUAUGUUCAUGCUGACGUUCAAGCAGAAAAUAUCUACAUCAUGCCAGGAGAGAAGUCACAGGUAUACCUUGCAGGGUACUGCUAUGCUUUCCGCUACUGUCCAAGCGGCGUACAUGUAGAGUACCGUGAAGCUAGCAGAAGUCAACACGAGGGAGCCAUACAGUUCAUCAGUCUGGACGCCCAUAAGGGAGCAGCACCAUCUCGACGCAGUGACCUGCAGUCUUUGGGUUACUGCAUGCUGUGCUGGCACACAGGGGCGCUGCCGUGGAACGCUCUCACCAACCCUGACCAGGUAGCAGACAUGAAAAACAGAUACAUGGACGAUGUGCCGGCACUCUUGAGUCACUGCUUUGGCAAGAAGCGAGUUUCCAGGGCGCUGCAGGCCUACCUGGGUGAAGUGAUGGCUCUGCAGUACUCCGAGCAGCCUGACUACGCAGCUCUGAAGGCUGGCCUCUGUGCAGCCUUACAGCAGCUGGGUGGGGCGCUGGAGCAGCCGCUCAGCUUGUAGAGAAAUGUAACAACAUGAAGAGAAAUGGAAGAUGAACUACAGAUUUUUUUUACUAAUUUUAGAGUAAUGCUGUUUUAUUUGAUGUUUAAUUGCACUGAAUUGGGAGUGGUUGUUGUGCUGCCUAUUGUAGCUGGAGGGAGUCAGCCAUACUGACUGUCAGGGGAAGGGUUUUGUUCUCUUGGGGGUCAUGUGUGUUUGAUUUCAUGGUGCUGUAAGGUGUUUUGGAUAAAUGCACAAAGCAAGUGUUAUAUUCUGUUGUUGAUUACAGUGCACUGCAGUUUUUAGCAUUUCAAGGGCAAUGUGAACUGGAGAGGAAUGUAAGUUGCAAUUUGUUAAUUCACUGGUUAGGGGUGAUUCAUUGUCAGUUUUACAAAUGCAAAUGUCUCAGUGUUUUUACCAUGAUUGUGUGUGGUUUUAGGGAAUGUUUCCCCACUGUUUGUUAACUUAAUUAUAAAAUGAUUUUUAAUAAAAUGCCUUUCACUACAGAGAAGAGGAGGAUCGCUUGCUGGCAUUUUGCCAUAAUGCAGACAAAUGACCUGAACAUGUUUUCUUCUGUUGUUGUUGUUCUUUUUUUUUUUUUUUUUAAUAUCACUGAGAUGUAAAAACAUGAGAAAAGCCAGCGGAUGUGGAUCAACAAUGAUCGACCCUGAACCCUCUGUAUAUGAUUUGCAGGGGCUUUUGUCUCAGUAAAAAUGUGUUUUAUUACAUGUUGGAGUCCCUUGGUAUCCUUCUGAAAUACAGUUCUUUCCCCUGGAAUCCAAAUAGCACUUUUUGUUUAACCCAGCCAAACACAACUUAGUAUUUAUUUUAAAUCCCAUUACAUCCACCAUGUUCAAAUAUUCCACUAACAGAUUCCGCCAAUGCUAUUUUUUCCCUGCGGCUCACUUCUCUCGGUGUCGUGGUGUUUACCUCGCCCCUACAGCUCCUCUGCACCUCACACUGUCACAGUCUGAAUUUCACCAAACCAAACACACCCUGCUGAUUCAUUCAAACACACAAUACACACGGGUAUUUUUAAAGAAAACCUUUAUAAAGUUUAAACAUUUCUGAACAUAAACAUUUAAAUUUUAAACAUUUCAGAACAUAUACAAUACUUUAUAUGAAACAGUGAGUAAUUCUCUUAUUGUGCACACUCUGUAAGUAAUUC